UGUCGUUCAGUUCUCCGUUAGACCGGAGCAGUAAUGGCUAGAAGUGGCUCGUUUGCUCAGUUUUCACCGCUAAAAACUUCGCCGACUCCACAUGAGAUGCGUUGUGUGUUACUUUAGUUUCAAAUUCGCUUUAUUUUUCUUUCCGAAGACAAAUGAGUCGAGAAGAAACGUCAAAAGAAGAGAGGCAGAAGAGUAGCAAUCUUCUUCUCCUUCAGGUCCCGACACUUUGUGCUGGGAGCGCUUCCAGCGAGCCAGAGGCCACCAGCUGCCGAUGACUCCAUAAGCAGCGGCCAUGGCUGCCCAUCGAAUCAUUCGAGUGAACCACAAUCACAUCCUCCCUCGCUGUAAGUCUGAGGGGACGCUCAUCGAGCUGGAUGAGGGGCCGGCCGGGGCCAGUCUCAGUGACGUUAAAGUGCCUUCUCCCAGUGCCUUAAAGCUUGACAGUCAAGACUCCCUUGGAGCUGCUCAGGAGGUGGUCGCUAUCAAGGAUUAUUGCCCAAGCAGCUUCACCACCCUGAAGUUCUCCAAAGGGGAUCGCCUCUACGUGCUGGACACGUCAGGCGGGGAAUGGUGGUACGCCCACAACAACACGGAGAUGGGAUACAUCCCAGCCGCCUACGUCCAGCCGGUCAACUUCAGGAACUCUUCGCUAAGCGACAGUGGGAUGAUUGACAGUCUCGGGGAGGGGUAUGAUGAUGGUGGGAAGGAGUUUGGAGGUCUUGGGGAGUGGAUGGGGAUGAGCCUGAAGCCCUCCACCAUUUACAACAACACCCCGUUUUCUGUGAACCCUUUCAUCUGUCCAUUAAAUCAAAACUCCAAAGACGUAAGCGUGAGGAACUCGGCGGAUCUUAUCUACUUGGAGUCUCUGGCGUCACCGUCGUCUUGUUCUAACAGUUGUUCAAUCAUGAGCAACGGGUUUAGCAGCUGCCAUAUUAAUAGCCUCAACUCAACCAGUCCAAACCAAGAGGUUACAUCCAACUUCCAGAGUGAAAACCCCUUUUUUAAAAGCAAACGUUCCCACAGUCUAUCAGAACUCUCUGUCUUACAGGCACAGUCGAAUCCAACUUUACCUUCGUCUGGGUUCUUUACGGGCCUGACGGCUCCUUUACCGGAGCAGUUUCAGAGCAGAGAGGACUUCCGGACUGCCUGGUUGAACCACAGAAAAUUGGCUCGGUCUUGCCAUGACCUGGACUCUUUGGGCCAGAGUCCCGGAUGGGGGCAGACCCAACCGGUGGAGACCAAUAUUGUCUGCCGGUUGGACUGUAACGGAGGAGUUGUUCAGCUUCCUGACACACACAUCAGCGUACACAUCCCUGAGGGCCACGUCGGUCAUGGAGACUACCAGCAGAUCUCCAUGAAAGCCUUACUGGACCCCCCUCUGGAGCUGAACAGCAACCGCUGCACCACGGUAAGCCCAGUGGUUGAGAUCAAGCUCAGCAACAUGGAGACAAAGUCAUUCCUAACACUAGAGAUAAAAGUGUCAGUGGCUGUGAAGAAGGAGAGUAGUCAUGCUGCCGAUGUGCUUUGUGUGCGCAGUGACUGCAAAGAAGGACCUUACACCCCGAUUCCCAAUGCCUACAUUUUCAAAGACACAGUUCAGGUACAGCUGGACAGUCUGGAGCCUUGCAUGUAUGUAGCGGUUGUUGUUCAGGCACAGUACGUCGGACACAACACAACAGUCUGGGACCAUGUGCAGAGGAAAGUCAGUCUGGGUGUUUACGGACCCAAACACAUCCAUCCCUCAUUCAAGACAGUUGUGGCUAUGUUCGGGCAUGACUGUGCCCCCAAAACCUUGUUGGUGAAUGAUGUGACAUGGCAGGCAGCCUCGACUCCACCUGUGGCGCUGCAGCUGUGGGGGAAGCAUCAGUUUGUGUUGCCGUUCCCUCAGGACCUGCAGAUUGGACUAUAUUCCAACAUGACCAACUACCAGGUGAAGGCGAGUGAAGGAACCGGGAUAAUACGGGGGUUUCAGGUGAAGCUAGGGAAGGUUAGCAGGCUCCUCUUCAUGAUCACGUCGCACAACCCAAGCAGUAUCUCAGACUUUACUCUCAGGGUCCAGGUUAAGGAUGCUUUAGACUGCAUCUUGACCCAAUUCUGCGUCCAGACGCCACAGCCGCCACCAAAAACUGAAGCAAGGAUCACUGGCCAGCGGAGAUUCCUGAAAAAGAGAGAGGUCGAUAAGAUCGUACUGUCGCCUCUGGCUGUCACCUCAAAACACCCAAAGUUUCAGGAUCGCUGUGUUACCAACCUGAAGUUUGGUAAGCUGAUUAAAACGGUGAUCAGGCAGCAUAAGAACAUGUACCUGCUGGAGUACAAGAAGGGGGAUGUUAUCGCCUUGCUCAGCGAGGAGAAAAUCAAGCUACGAGGGCAGCUCCGGACCAAGGAGUGGUACAUCGGAUACUACCAGGGAAAGCUGGGGCUGGUUCAUGCUAAGAACGUUCUUGUUCUUGGUAAAGUCAAGCCCAUUUACUGGUGUGGGCCAGACCUCACCACCACAAUGUUGCUGGAUCAGAUCCUGAAGCCUUGCAAGUUCCUCACCUACAUCUACGCAACUGUGAGGACGGUCCUGAUGGAGAACGUGGGCAGCUGGAGGGCAUUUGCAGAUGCACUUGGAUACGGGAACCUGCCCCUGAAUUAUUUUUGUCGGACAGAACUGGACAAUGAGCCGGAGAGAGUGGCGUCGGUUCUGGAGAAGCUAAAGGAAGAGUGUACUAACAUGGAGAACAAGGAGAGGAAGUCCUUCCAACGGGAACUCAUGAUGGCAUUGCUGAAGAUGGACUGCCAGGGUUUGGUGGCUAAGCUGGUGCUGGACUUUGUCUUGCUGACCACAGCGGUGGAGGUGGCGUCCAGGUGGAGGGAGCUGGCCGAGAAGCUGGCCCGAGUUUCCAGGCAGCAGAUGGAGGCUUAUGAGGCUCCGCACCGCGACAAGAACGGCGUCCUGGACAACGAGUCCAUGUGGAAACCAGCGUAUGAUUUCCUGCUGACGUGGGCGGCCCAUGUUGGGGACAGCUACCGGGACGUGAUCCAGGAACUCCACCACGGCCUGGACAAAAUGAGGAACCCCAUCACUAAGAGGUGGAAACACCUGACGGGGGCGCUGAUCCUCGUAAACUGCCUCGAUACCCUCCGCAGUGCCGCUUUCUGCCCCACCGGCUAUGGGGACUUUGCUGUUUGAGCGUUCUGUUCCUCUUGGAAAACAUUUAAACGUUCAGCGCAUGGUGGGAAUAAUUCAAACCCAUUUUUAAAACUAGAAUAUGACCAAAUCUCCAGGCUUUGAUUAUCAGGAUAUAUAGAAACUGCUUAUUUGAUUUUCUUGCUUUUCUACUUCUUCUACUGUGUCCUUUGCUAUCUUGUAAACUUCUCCUGUCACUGUCUGACUGUUAAUUGUUGCUUUUCUUUAGGUUUUUACUCAGGAGAACAUCAAAAACCUCACAUACCACAGUAAAUUAACAACAAUGGAAGCUGUUUAUGUACUUGGACAGGUUUGUUAGUUCUAAAAACAAAAAUUAUCUUCUAUCAAAACGAAACUUAAGUACUUGAGUAAAACAUAUUUAUAUAUUUCAGUUUUAUCAAUUCAAACAUUAAGAUUCAAUUUUUUAGAAACUAAAUUGCCAAACAAUAAGGCUAACAUUAUAGUUAGCAUUAGCCGUUAACAUUUACGAUCAGUAAAGUAAGAGAUUAACUUUGUUAAUGAGUGUAUUUCAUUUUCAAAGUAAAACUUAAGUGUAAUAUAAACAAAAAAUACCUUUUAGUGGAAUUACAAUCAGUUUAAACACUCUUAGCUAAGUGCUAGCUGACUAGCACUUAGCCAUUCAUGUAGCUUGCAUUCAUGUUAGCUUCUAAGCUAACAUGAAUGCAUUGGGUAUACAGUAUCUAAUGUCCAAAAAGUGUCACUAUAUAUAAGACAGAAAAACAUGAGUUUAUAUUUGAAGAUAAAAACAUUAACAUUGUUGAUAAUGUUCCUUAUAAAAAUGUUUAGUGUUCAGAGCAACCAGGUUGCUCAGAGUUUCUGAUAAUCAAGUUAACUUUAGCUAAAAAAUAGAUAUUUUUAGCAAAGACUGUAAACUUUUACGUUCAUCCCGUUAAACGUAAAUAUAAAUUACUUACUGAAUAUUAAUAUUUCAAUCUGUCAGGGUCACAAUAAUUUCACAUUUGAACUUGUAUUGUCAAAUAUUAGUUAAAGGGAUAUUUUCUUUGAUGCAAUCUUCUUUUCUGCCACUAGAUGUCACCACAUUUAAAAUGGUAGGCCUUUAAAAAAUCCUACUUUGGCAAAGAAAGUUUGUUGUUUUUUGUUGCAGUUUUAUUUAUAGAAACUGUUUCUGCUGUAAUACGUUUUUGAAUGUAAUUUCAGCAACAAUAAUCAUCUGAUUUCUGUGCUUUUUGUUGAUUAACUGCUCAUAUUUUUGUCAUGUUGAUGUUUCUCCUGUGACUUCUGCAGUGCUUGGGAUAUUUACACUAUCAGAAGAGACAAUGAGUGAGAAAUUUCUAUAUUUUUACUGAAAACCAAGCGAGUAUUGACAGAUUUAUAAGAGAAAAUCUACCACUUGUGAUGGGUAGCAUAUCAGAAUUCAGUAUUACUGUUUAGAAAGUAUCAAUAAAGUGGGAAUGUACCGAG